AUGAAGAUCCAGCUUGCGCUUACCCUGGCGGCCGCGCCUAUAGUAUCCACUCAUUAUUUCUUCCCUAAUUUCAUUGCCAAUGGCAACUUCACCGAGUAUUUCGAAUACGUACGCGAGGAUACCCAGGGCUAUAUGCCUUACAAGGGCGGUUACGACAGCACUGACUUCCGCUGCAAUGUUGGUUCACUGGACUUUGCCAGCAAGACCGACGUCUACAAGGUCAAGGCCGGCGACACCAUUGGCUUCGGCACCGACUUCGGCGCGCUGAUUGAGCACCCCGGACCGAUGCAGGUGUACCUGUCCAAGGCGCCUGGUGAUGUGCGCGACUAUGACGGGUCUGGCGACUGGUUCAAGAUAUACGAGUUAGGCCCGACAUCGUUCGGCAGCGAUGGGAUCGAAUGGGGCGUUACAGGCAAAACAAACUUCACCUUCACCCUACCCAAGGAGACUCCUGCCGGCCAAUACCUGGUUCGCAUUGAACACAUUGCCCUACACGGUGCUGGUGAAUGGGGUGGUGCGGAGCUCUACUUCAACUGCGCACAGAUCGAGGUGGAGAGCGAUAGCACCGCCGUUCCGCACCCCGUUGUCCAGAUCCCGGGGGUCUACAAUGGCUAUGAACCUGGCAUUCUCUUCUACAUGUAUCGCCCCUAUUGGACUAACUACACCAUGCCCGGGCCUCGCGUAUGGCCGGACGGUGGCUCCAACGUGGUCAAGGCUGCUGGGGUUGCUGUCGCCCCGUCAGGUUCCUGGUCUGCAUCGGCUGUAACUGCCACUGCAUCUGAAUCUGCUGCAGUGGACCCCGUCUCGUAUAGCUCAGUCUUUUCUUCCACAACACCCGCAGCAGUAGCUGUUGCAAAACCGAUCACAUCUUCGACGCCCGUGCCCAGCCUCCCGGCCAGCAGUCCUCUUAUCUCCCCAACUUCCUGCAACCUUGAACCGAUUUACGUGACUGUGACCGAAACGACAACAGUAACGGCUCAGGCGAACGGCAUCACUACCGGUAAUGCAUGCGGUCCGCAAACAACGGUUACCGCUACCGUGACCACGACAACGACCGUCACUGAAAAGGCUGCUGCCGCCUAG